UUAGAGCCAGGAUGGUGCUCGGCUAAUUGUGCGAGAGCUAAUUGCGUUUGGCAAUUACGGAUAUUCGGAAAAUGUUGGAACUCGUGGAACGCAAAGCGAGGAUCUCUUGGCCUACGUGUCGCCCUCCAAAUAUUGAUUCCUUUGGGAAGAAUCCCAAAGGAGGCGUGCUCUUGAGACGCAAGGAAAAUUGCACACCCGAGAGACGAUGGAGAAGAGACAGCAAGGGCUUGCUUUGCUCUCUGGGCCAGCUAAGUUGCAGCGAUUCUUACAGUCCGGACACACUGGGAACGUGGAAAUUUCACAAGGUGUCUCGCACGAGCCAUGAGGGGAUGAGCACUGGAGCAGGAGAUGGAGGUGGAGGCGGUGUCGGAGGUAUCCAGAGCAGCGGCGGUGGCAGAAACACCCCGCCGCAUGGCUCGCCCACCCCCAUGGAUAAGGCGACCUUAAAAGUCCAUCUUCCCAACGGUGGUUUUAACGUCGUCAAAUUCGGUGAUGCGAUCGACGUACGAGGUAUCAUCUCUUUGGUAACUAGUCGAUUAGCUGUUGGUACCAGACAUUAUCGAAAUCUGUACGCAAUGAGGCUGCACCAUCCCGGAUCCGGAGAGAGUUAUUGGUUGCAUCAGGAUACUACGAUGUAUCAGGUACAAGAAAAGUACGAGCGAAAGCACCCGCAUUGCGAAUGGAGGUACGAGCUUAGAGUGCGUUACCUUCCUCAGAACCUAAAUGAUCUCUACGAGAAGGACAAGGUCACGUUUUACUACUAUUACGACCAGGUGCGAAACGACUACCUGCUUGCAAACCACGCCACUCUGGAUCAGGAUGUUGCGGUUCAGCUCUGCUGCCUGGAGAUUCGCUAUUUUUUCAAGGACAUGCCGCAAAUAGCCCUGGACAAGAAGAGCAAUCUGGAAUACCUAGAACGUGAGGUCGGUCUACAUAAAUUCUUACCGCGUUCCGUGCUGAACGGGAUGAAGCCGAAGGCGCUUCGAAAAUUGAUACAGCAACACUUUAAAAAAGUUGCGGCGUUGUCCGAACUCGAGUGCAUGUUUAAAUUCUUCGAUCUGCUGCGGGCGCACUAUCGAUUCGACCAGGAAAGGUUUAUAUGCGCCUUAGGGUCAAGCUGGUCAAUACCUGUAGAACUAGUCAUCGGACCGGACUUAGGUAUAUCGUACAUGGCUCAUCGAGGCGGAACAGUGCCGACUAGGAUGGCAGAAUUUUCGCAGAUACAAUCCAUUCAAACAUUGGUGUCAGAUUGCAAAGAACACGCGAAGGCGUGCAUUAAAUUGAGAGUCGCGGGUGCUGCGGAGACUCUCAGUAUCACUUGUUCAAGUCUGGAUCAAGCGGAAAGUCUCGCGGACUUGAUUGAUGGAUAUUGUAGACUGGUCACAGGCAGCAACACUUCAUUGUGGAACAGAAAAGCUGGAUCAUGGAAGAAUUAUCCCUGUCCAUGCAAAGAUGCGCAACCGCCGAAAUAUAGGCAAGAUGGUGCCAGCAGCCCAGCGGAAAAGAACGCCGGUAAAACUGGAACUAUUUUAUCCGAAGAUUAUGCGGAGAUCGUCGACGAAGAGGGAGAUUAUUCGACACCAGCUACUCGAGAUUACGAGAUAGUCCGAAAUCAAGUAGAAUUGGGAGAAAUCAUAGGGGAGGGUCAGUUUGGUAACGUCCAUAAAGGAUCGUACAAAGGAAGAGAUGGUCAAACCAUUGCCGUUGCUGUCAAGACUUGCAAGGUCGAUGCGGAUCUUGCCACUGCCGAAAAAUUUCUUGAAGAAGCUUAUAUAAUGCAGCAAUUUGAACAUCCGCAUAUUAUCAGAUUGAUCGGAGUCUGUUCAGAGGCGCCGAUUUGGCUCGUGAUGGAAUUAGCCAGACUCGGAGAAAUGCGCGCUUAUCUACAAUCUAAUAAACACCGCCUGGAUCUCGCUACACUUCUACUGUAUACCUUCCAAUUGAGCACUGCCCUCUCGUAUCUCGAAAGCAAGAAAUUCGUGCACAGAGAUAUCGCUGCAAGAAACGUGUUGGUUUCGUCGCAUAAUUGCGUCAAAUUGGCGGAUUUCGGCCUUAGUAGAUGGGUAGAAGAUCAGAGUUAUUAUACCGCUAGCAAAUGUAAGCUGCCAAUUAAGUGGAUGGCACCGGAGAGCAUAAAUUUUCGAAGAUUUACAACUUCGUCCGACGUUUGGAUGUUUGGUGUAUGUAUGUGGGAAAUUUUAAUGUUAGGCGUAAAACCAUUCCAAGGCGUGAAGAAUAACGAAGUGAUACGCAAGCUGGAGAACGGAGAGAGACUGGCGCUUCCCAAUCACUGUCCGCCGCGAUUAUACUCUCUAAUGUCUCAGUGUUGGAGCUACGAACCCAGCAAGAGACCGACGUUUAAAGAGAUUAGAGAAACUCUACAUGAAAUUUUGCUGGAAGAGAAACAUCAGCAGCAGGAGACGAUGAGACGAGAGAACAGAAGGGUACAAGCCAUGUCCUGGGGUGCAGAUGAUGUUCCGCCACCGAAACCCUCCCGGCAACCGCAAAAUACAACGGAGCAAUCGCAGUUAUCAGUGGCACCGGUAUCCACGUACAUUGUGGCGCAAAGUCCCGAGGUUCUCGCGCAACUUCUCAAGGACAACCAAGCUAGAGGGGUAUGUCCCUCCGUGUACACGACACCCGCGUCCCCCUUCAACACCCUGGCGGUGCAAUUUCAGGAAGAGGAUCAAAUCCUGACCACCGCCGUUGUGUCCGAUUUACCCUUCUUUGAUCCCGCGCUUUCUGAACCGCCGUCCAUGGUGACACACGACACCACCCAGUCGGGCGGUGAUUCCAUCCUGUCCGAUACGAACCUAGACUCCCUGGAUUCCUCGGACAACAUUCCCCUCAUGUCGAGCCUGAGCAUUUCAGACACGACAGCGCAGACGCAGUCGCCCGCCGCCAACCGAAAGCAGCAGAAGGUUAAAGAGAUGCAAAACUUAUAUGCGGUUAGCUCGAAGGUGGUCGGUAGCAUCACGGGGGACCUGUAUUCCCCCGUGCAGAAAUUCUCCGUGUCCAGCGCCGUUCCGCCGCCACCCGCGGCCGCGUCAGUCGUGUCAGCCGCGGUCGCGGGCAACACCUGCGGCGAGAUAUACGGACCGGUCACUAGUUUCACCCAGAGCUCAGCUAUCGUUGGUAAUCUCAGUCAAAGCGCUAGCUUAGGUGGUAAUUACGGUGAGAAUUCUGGCAACUUCGGCCCUAGUAGUUUGGGUAGCAGUGUUAUAAUACCGAAUAGCAGUAGCCAGACGCAGUUCGCCGCAAGUGGUCCGCAUGCUCUCAGUCAGUCGAUUAAUUACGGUAACUUCGCAGCUGGUAACAAUACAAGCCAAGUAUUUGGUAGCGGUGGCGGUCAAUCUACAAGCCUACAGAAUGUUAGCGUGCAGAGUGCUGGCGGUAGUAGUAGCGGCGGCGGCGGUGGUGGUGGUGGUAGUAACGUUAUUUACUCUCGUAAUAUUAGCUCGGCGAAUGUAGGUAGUUGCGCAUCGAGUGCUGAAUGUUUGUACGGUCCGGUACUCAAGUUCCGCGCGCAAAACGCCCAGCCGCAGCUGGCUGUAGCGGCGACCGCGACUGUGGCCGCGAGCGAGUUGAAACCCGUUGGCGCGGCAGCUGGGAAUUACGGUCAAACCGGAAGAAGCAAUCUGGUAGCGCAGAAUCUGCAAUCGCAGCCGAUAUACCCGCAGAAUUAUCCGCACCAACAGAUCUAUUCGAAUAUCGCUCAGCCGGGAGCACAGCAGCCUAUGUAUCUGCUACAAAUGCAGCACGUGCAGAAUAUCACGCGGCAGAACGCCGUUCCCCAGGCCGUGUCCUACGCGGCGAUACAGCACUCGAACCAGUCUCAGCAGUCUCAGUUGACCGGCGCCACUCCCAUUUACACGGCCCACGCUGCGUCCGUGUCGGUGGUCCAAGCACAGAAGGUGCACAUGCCGAAUUAUGUUCACCAAGCUCAGCCCGGAAUUAGCGGCCAGCCAGCGACUUGUCAAGCAACCGGCGCGAAUCACUCGGCGAGCGUUGGGAUAAUGCAAGCUUCCUCUGUUCCAUCACACUUUGUCAUGUCGUCUUCGGCGACUCAGCAGAAUAUCCAUUCGAUUCCAUCCACCUACGUGGUAGACCAACAGCAACCGAGCUCCCUUGGUUCGAUUGAUUAUACUCAAGCACACGUUGGCAAUGUAAUGACGAGCAUAACCGGUGCGCAUCAGCAACACGUCGUAGUUCAACCUCAGAUGGCUAGCGGCGUCGCGAAGGCGGGAAAUAUGUCGCAAAUCGUGACGGGCAUCGCCAAGAUCACCACCUUCGUGACACCACAAAAGCAGGACGAGCAGUUGACUAGCUCGACCGACGGCACUCUCUCUGGCUCUCUAAUCUCUUCCGCUGUCAGCGACAGCACCGUAUCGUCUAGCAGCUCGAUGACAGAGGAGGCACAACAAGAUCAGAGAAACGUACAUUCGCAAUUGUUCGACAGUCUGACUGACAAUUUCAAUAGUGGCAUUGACGACGAACAGAAGCUGCUGGAGCAACGGUUGUUGGAGCAACAACGACAGUCUGAAGAGGAUAGCCGCUGGCUCGCGAGAGAAGAGAAACGCUUAUCGAUUGCUACGAGUGGUGAUGAAAGUGCUAGUCCCCCGGUUCCACGGUCAGUUACUCAAUCACCGAGCCAUGAACCGCAUUCUGCCAAUACUGGCUCUCUUGGCUCGGAUAAGAGUUCCGACAAAGUAAUUGUAGUAAAGAAAAUGGAACCUACGCCUACUGCAGAUUUAGACAGAACUAACGAUAAAGUAUACGACUGCACAACAAGCGUCGUACGUGCAGUUAUGUCGUUGUCGCAAGGUGUUCAACAGAGCAAGGCUGAUCAGUAUUUAGAACUAGUACGUAGAGUAGGAAUCGAAUUAAGAGCAUUGCUGUCCUCUGUGGACGUUCUGGUGGAAAUACUGCCGAUAUCCGCGCAUCGCGAAGUAGAAAUGGCGCAUAAAGUAUUAAGUAAAGACAUGGCAGAGCUGGUGACUGCUAUGAAAUUGGCGCAAAACUACAGUGCCACUACGUUGGACGCUGAAUAUCGAAAGGGAAUGCUUUCUGCAGCUCAUAUCCUAGCCAUGGACGCGAAGAAUCUCUUAGAUGUAAUCGAUUCCAUCCGUAUUCGUUAUCCAUACGUGGACAGUCAGAUUUGCCAAAGGCAGAGCGAUGCUGUUAACAGAACCCGGGAAUCUACACCUGAGAGUCGCAUUCGUUCAAGUCAGUCGGGCGAGCAAUUGCUGAGAAGAAGUCAGUCGACUGAACGACAAGGAACGACCUUCAGACAAAGCCAAAGUGGUGAUUUGUUACAUAGAAUGGGUCAGUCUGUGGAUCGCUCUUCACCGGGAAGUCAGUCCGAUCUCAACUCUGGCAGCAGCUUAGAAAGAAGACAUAAUAUAGUAACUAAUAGCCUUGAACGUAACUCAACAACGAGGAGACAAAUGGCUACUAACAGUUUAGAGAGAAAAAGACCUUCACUGACGUGUAGCGCAGGGCCUAUGAAUAAUUCUGUUAAUUUGCUGCCUAUGGUGCCAGUCACUUGUAAUUUGGUUCAGACUGUUAGUCCCGUCAUACAUCCGAGUCAGUCGGUUACAACGGGCGUUACUCAGACGGUGUUUACGACCAACAGUAAAGCCACAAGUGAGACUUCGAUAAACGACAGCUAACAACGAGGUGCCUUGAACUGAGGUCUACUUCGGAUCAUUGCUUAGCGUGUACAUAAAUAGACGAUAUACUACCAAGUUACCCGUGUGUACACAUCUACACUACUUUAACAACGGGAGAUCUAGUAUUUGUGCUUUUUAGCUCUUUUAACAUUUAAAUAUACAGACAUUUUAUCUAAGCGUACUUAUAGAUAGGACAGUAUUCAUUAGUUGUAAUAGUAGAAUAGCAAGUUUAUCACUAGAGAAUUUAAAAGUCACAGCUAUAAUAAAAUCGCAACUCCAAAGGAUUUAGGAUUAUCGUUACUAUUUGUUGUACAAUAACGGCGCUUACGAGGUGAUGCAAAAAGUUAUGCUUUACAGUGAAGAUGGGAAAUGCCAUUGAUCAAAUUUAACAUUAGCAUCAACGUUAUUAAAUGAGGUGGAUUCCAAAUUUAUUAACACCGUUCAUAUUUAUUCUAGCGUCGCACACUCACGUUUGAAAAAUUUCUUGAUUUUAUCUGCGUCAUCUCGUAUAAUCAAUUGAUAAUGUAUACAUACAUACAAACGUAUUUUAGAGAUAUGUAUGUAUAUAUUUAUAAAUAUAUAUAUUUAAACAAUAUUUUCUCUCCUCGAAUACUGCGCGAGAAUAUAAUUUCCUGUAGGACAUAAUCGAUGUUGUUUUUAACGCAAGUUCGUAAUUUCAUAGUCUAUUUCCUACCUAGGAAUAUUAUAUGGACAGUAAUUAUAAUGUAAAAAGAGGGACUGAGUGUGUGUUAUUUCUAUUAAAUAAUUAUUUAAUGGUUUACACUAGUUUGCGACAUUUAUAUACGAAUGUUUUAUAUAAAGCAAAAACCAUUUUUCAGCGACGAGGCAGUUCCUACGAGAUAUUUUUAGGAAGUUCCAUUUUUGCAUAAGUAUACCAUUAAUAACUCAUCAAUGCAAUUUGCAGCGAUGUAGUCAUACGUACGAUGCAUUUACAAAAUCCGCGACCGAGUACUUUGUAGAUAAAAAAAAAAGUAUUCCAUUUCUACGCAUGUGCUUUUUGUAUUCCUGGGGAAAAAUAUCUGAGAGAUGUUCUUAGCAUUCUGACCACACAUUAUAAUCGUACCGAUCACACGUCUUAUCCAUAUAUUGUUACAAUUGGCAUGAACGUGAAAUAUUUGUAGUUUGCGAGUUGUAAAAUUUGAUAUUUUAAAUGGUAUGUGGCUUUAAAGAUUCAUGUGCCAAGAUAUGCUUAUACGCUCGAAAGAAACGAAUACUAUGUUGUGUGUUGUAAAUGUCCUGUCAAAGGAGCUGCUAUCCCGGGAACCAGAAAAUAAUGAAUAUUUAUAAUUAUUGAUGGUGCUUUUUUAUUUGUGCAAACAUCAAAUACUUCUUCAAUUGAAUAUAUUGAAAAUAUGUACAACACUAUGAAAAAAGAGCAAUGUGUCUUAAGUAAAACAUCAAUUUGGCCAU